AUGGAUCAAGAAGCAUUCCGCAAACUGGUCUCGUCCUCAUCAACCAUUGCAGCGCCCUCCACAUCCUCGAACCGCUCGUUCGGUAAAACGCACCGCCGUGCACCCGCAGCUUCUACCUCAGCCACCAAACCAACCGAUCUUAAACCACACAAGCUCAAGUCCAAGUCAAAAGAGGAUGGCUAUGUUGACCGUGCAGCUGCUCGUCGAUCAGGCACACUAGCUGCUGAAUUCGAACAAGUCGAAGCGCUUCAUCAAGAUUUUGAAGCACGCAUUGCAGCAGCGGAGACAGAAGAGGAGAGACAGCGGUUGAGAGAUCAGAUCAGUAGCGUUGGCGGAGAUGCAAAGUAUUCGGUGCUUGUGAAGGGGCUUGAUUGGGGAUUACUAGCUCAGAACAAGGCCAAGUUGGAGAAGGAGGGUGGCGGCAAAGGGGAGGAAGGCGAGGGUGAAGGGGAUUUGGAGUCAGCGUAUCAAGAAGCCAAGGGAGAGAGGGUUGAAGCCGGGGCGAAGAGAAGCAGAGAGGAGAUUGUGGAAGCGAUCAAGAGACGGAGAGAGGUCAAAACUGCGGCAGCCGGAGAUGCGGAAGCGAGUGGAAGCGGGUUCCGUCCAAUCAGUUUCAAGCCGAUCGACGCAAGCGCGGACAAGAAGCAUGAGGAGGAUUCGGAGUACAAGUGGGUCAACGGAAAGCGGAUGCGAAAGAAGAAGAGGAAGCACACAAGCUCUACAGAUGAGCAAGCGAGACCACUUCCUCCCGCCGAGGAUCCGAUGCAGGCUAGCUCGAACGUCUCGGCCGCACACCAACCAGCUAAGGCACUAGCGAAGAAAGAAGAGGAGCAACAGCCAACUCCUCAACGGCCCACAGCACCGACAGUUGAAACAGAGGCCGAGCGGUCAAAUCUAGCAUCAGAGAUCCCUUCCUCACCCGUGCGUCGGACAUCUCCCGUCAGCUCGACUAGCAUCGAUGCGACAGCCGAGCUCGAGCAGCCUCCACCAGCACCAGAAGAAGACGAGUCAGAAGACGAAGACAUCUUCGCCGACGUCGGUGGCUGGGACGGUAUUCCGGAGACGAAGGAAGAAGCUGAGAAUCAGGAUAGCGAUGAGGAAGAAGGUCGCCAUUCCUCGCCUUCUUCGCCUACGCCACAUGUUGACGCAGACAUUGGCGCGAAACCGGAUCCGGCCGGAAUAGGUGCUUCAAGGACAGCUGAGCAGAAGGAUGAAGGCCCUAUUAUGCCGCUCAGAGAACCUAGCUGGUCGCCUGCGUCGACGCCUGUGGUCGCCAAAGAGCCUUCUCCACAGUCGAAUGCCAUUGCCACGCCAAUGGAUCCAACCUUAUCUGAGAUGAAACAGCCCGAGCAACCUGCCAAGACAGCUGUGGUAGAAGAGUCGACGAUCACGAAACCAAAGAAGUCCAAAUGGGAUGACUUGGACGACGACAAAGAUAGGAAGAGGAAAAAGAAGAAGAGCAAACAUCAUUGA